CUCUCUGUCUCUCUCUGGUUUCUAUCUUCUCUCUCAUCUCACCGAAUUCUCUCUCCUCUCUCCAGAAGGGAAAAAACCUAAAAGAGCUGUUUACCCACAAAUCUGUAGAUUAUAUGGACGACGACAGUCUAAGGAAUUGGGGUUAUUAUGAACCGCCCCUUAAAGGGCUCGGUCUCCAGCUCAUGUCGUCUCUGACAGAGCGAGACACGAAGCCUUUCCUAACCGGGCGCGACAAUCCUGUAAUGGUUUCAGCGAAUGGCUCCUUUCAUCCUCGGGAUUGUGUUGUUGCUGAACCACCGGUCACACACAUGGACUAUGUUAGGGAUAGCUGGAUAAACCACAGGGAGAAGUUCUUGCAUAUGUUCCCGGGGAACCCUUACAGUUCUGUUCUUCCUGAGUCUUCUGUUGGCCACCAUCAGAUGCAGAUGGUGCAGCAGCCACCUCCCCAGCAGCAACCAGAAACAGUCAAAGAGACGAGGACAAGCAUUGAAGAGCCAGUCGCGAAGGAGGGCGGCUCAGCCAAAAAGAGGGCGGCUGCUGCAACCACCAAAACCCCAAAAGCAAAGAAGACUAGGAAAAACCCUGCCCCCAAGGAAAAUGGUAAUGGCAAUGGUAAUCCUUCUGCUCAACGUGCCAAAACAGCUAAGAAGAACGUUGAAGUUGUUAUCAAUGGAAUGGAUAUGGAUAUUACUGGGAUACCGAUUCCUGUUUGCUCUUGCACCGGUAGUCCACAGCAGUGUUAUAGAUGGGGAUGUGGGGGCUGGCAGUCGGCAUGCUGCACCACAACUAUAUCAAUGUAUCCAUUGCCAAUGAGCCAGAAAAGGCGCGGAGCCAGGAUUGCUGGACGGAAGAUGAGUCAGGGCGCGUUCAAGAAGGUUUUGGAAAAACUUGCUACUGAUGGAUAUAACUUUGCUAACCCCAUUGACCUGAGGACUUACUGGGCAAAACAUGGCACCAACAAGUUUGUGAUAAUCAGAUAGAGCGAAGCAUCGGCAUGGCCUCAACCGCAUCUGGUCCGCUUUUCAUGUAUAUAUUCUGUGGCCUCUUGCUGUUAUUUCGUUGGUAUUUUGUAGGCCUUGAAAUUUCAUAUUCAUGAUACAUGUUUGAAAUCCUUGACUAUGCAACAUGUUUCCUCACAAACAAGUUAAUUAAUUCCUCCUUUGUUUACUUGAAAGGCUAGCAACAUUUUUCUGGCCUUCCCUGGAUAGGAUAAUGGAUUAUUUCUUUUGUUCCUACUGAAUGAUUUUCAGAUUAA